GAUCAGAGAGUCCGCAGGUGAACAAUGUCAGAUUGGUUUACAGAGUCUCUUUGUCGUUCUCUUUGAGUCCCAUGUUUCUGUCUUUUGUGACGUUUCUUAUCAUGUUACAUCUUGUUGAUCUCCAGGACAUCUCUGGAGCUUCGGCCCACAUUGACCCGAGGAACAACAAGAUUCUGACCUUCAUCACCUACAUCGGCUGCGGCAUCUCGGCCAUCUUCUCUGCUGCCACGCUGCUCACCUACAUCGCCUUCGAGAAACUACGGCGUGACUACCCGUCAAAGAUCCUGAUGAACCUCAGCACCUCCCUGCUCUUCCUGAACAUGGUCUUCCUAUUGGACGGCUGGUUGGCCAGCCUGGAGACCGACUGGCUGUGCCUCUCCGUGGCCGUCUUCCUGCACUACUUCCUGCUCACCUCGUUCACCUGGAUGGGGCUGGAGUCCAUCCACAUGUACAUCGCUCUGGUCAAAGUGUUCAACACCUACAUCCGGCGGUACAUCCUCAAGUUCUGCAUCGUGGGCUGGGGGCUCCCUGCGGUGCUGGUGGGGAUCGUGGUGGCGGUGGAUAAGAACUCGUACGGCAUGCAGGAGUACGGCAAAGGAGAGUCUGGAGAGGGAUCCUCAGAGUUCUGCUGGAUCCAGAAUUCGGUGGUCUUCUACGUCACCUGCGUGGGUUACUUCUGUCUGGUGUUUCUGCUGAACGUUGCCAUGUUCGUGGUGGUGAUGCUGCAGAUCUGCGGACGCAACGGCAAACGCAGCAACCGCACGUUGAGAGAGGAGGUUCUGAGAAACCUGCGCAGCGUCAUCAGUCUGACCUUCCUGCUCGGGAUGACGUGGGGCUUCGCUCUCUUCGCCUGGGGGCCGGUCAACCUGGCCUUCAUGUACCUCUUUGCCAUCUUUAACUCACUGCAAGGUUUGUUCAUAUUCAUCUUCCACUGCGCCCUGAAAGAAAACGUGCAGAAGCAGUGGAGGAGGUAUCUCUGCUGUGGUCGCUUCAGACUGUCGGACAACUCAGACUGGAGCAAGACGGCCACCAACAACACAAAGAAGGUGAGCUCAGAAAACCUGGGCAAGUCUCUGUCCUCCAGCUCGUUCGGCUCCAGCACCGCUAACUGGACGUCUAAAGCUAAAGCUACGCUCAACCCCUUCAACAAGAGACACAGCAACACAGAUAAAUGUUUCUCCAGUCCGAUCAGCCCAAAGUGCAUCUCAUCGUCCCCUUCCUCCUCAGUGGUGGAGCCCAACUCCUCGUCUUCCUCGUCCUCCAUCCUCCCCGUCAGCCAGAUGAUCGACAAGGUGAAGGACUACUGCUCCACGCGCACCGACAACUUCUACAAGAACAUCAUCAUGUCCGACAGCUUCGCCCACAGCACGAGGUUCUAGAGUUCUGGGACGAGUUCCUGGGGUAUCUGAUGGAGUUUCAGACGUUGCCUAAAUUGUUCUAGAAAAGUUUGUCACAUCCCGGCACCUUCAGAGACGGAGGAGGCUUCUGUUGGGUCUCUAAAAGGGACUCCGUAUUCUGACUUUCUAAUCAUCUCUGGAAGUCAUUAACCAACAUUCCACAAGUCCUUCACUGACAUUCUGGAACCCUCUAGACUCCUGAAAGCCCCUUACAAACAUUCUGGAGCUCACUGGACUUUUUAAAGUUCCUUACCAACAUUCUAGAACUUUAAGAAAUCUGAAAGGAACCAGAUAAACAUUCUACAGCCUACUGAGCUUCUUAAAUUUCAUCCCCAAUGCUCUCGAACCCUCACGCCUUUGGAAAUCACCGAACUUCACUUCACAUUCUGGACCUCGAUAGCUUUUCAAAAGUUCCUCACCAACAUUCUAGAACCCUCAAGCUUCUGGAAGUGACUGACCAAGAUUCUUGAUUACUCACGGCCUCGGGAAGUCCUUCACCAUCAUUCCAGAACCUUGACAAACUAACUACCACUCACUAGCUUUUUUUCAAGUGCCUCACCAACAUUCUAGAACCCCCAGGCUUCUGGAAGUGACUAACCAAGACUCUAGAACUGCUAAACACCCAGAAGAUCCGGACAUACAUUCUGAAACCUCCUGGCUUCUAGAAGCAUCUAAGAUACAUUAUGGACAACAUCAGGAUCAUGUAAGAGUCUAAAAAACAUUUUUAGAACCCUUCAUGCUUCUGGAAGUCCCUAACUCCCUCCACGUCUCUGAAAUUCACCAAGUGUCUGGAACCCUCAAGGAGUCUGGAAACCCAUUACAAAAAUUCCAGAACCCUCCAGGAUUUUAGGAGUCCCUGACAAACAUUCUAGAACCCUCCACAUCUCUGGAACUCACCAACUGUCUGGAAGUCUUCCGGAGUCUAGAAUUCCAUCGCAAAAAUUCUAGAACUCUCCAGGAUUUAAGGAGCCCCUGACAAACAUUCCAGAACCCUCCACAUCUCUGGAACUCACCAAUUGCCUCGAACUCUUCCGGAGUCUAGAAUUCCAUCGCAAAAAUUCUAGAACUCUCCAGGAUUUAAGGAGUCCCUGACAAACAUUCUGGAACCCUCUACGUCUCUGAAACACACAGAUUGUCUGGAAUUCUUCAGGUCUCUGGAAACCCAUUGCAAAAAUUCCAGAACCCUCCAGGAUUUAAGGAGCCCCUGACAAACAUUCCAGAACCCUGUACAUCUCUGGAACUCACCAACUAUCUGGAAGUCUUCCGGAGUCUGGAAACCCAUCGCAAAAAUUCCAGAACCCUCCAGGAUUUAGGGAGUCCCUGACAAACAUUCCAGAACCCUCUACGUCUCUGGAACUCUUCCACUGUCUGGAAGUCUUCUUGAGUCUGGACAUCUAUUGCAAAAAUUCCAGAACCCUCCAGGAUUUAAGAAGUCGCUGACAAACAUUCUAGAACCGUACAGGUGUCUGGAAGUCUUUGACAAACUCUCUGGAUCCUCCCUUGUUCUGGAACACCCCGACCACCAUGCUUCUGAACGGUCCAGACUUCAGGAGGUCUCUGAGGAACAUUCUGCGACCUUUUCAGGAUUUUUUAAAGCUCCUGAAAAAAAAAACAUUCCAGAACUCAGCAGACUUCCAUAAACCCCUGACCAACAUUCUAGAACCUUUCUGGCUUAUUGAAGGAGAACAGUAGUUCUAGAAUGCCCGGAUCAUUCCAACCGUUCCACUCACAGCCUCUAGAACUCUGAUUCUGGAUCUGUGUAGCGCCUUAUUUUAAUAUGUCACUGUGUCUUUAAGUGCGUUGUUAGAAUCCACAGUUGUUGUAGGAGACUUACUCAGUACUGAGUCCUGUCAUUGAAACUAGAGCCUCCCUCUUAAUGCACUGUCUUUGCUUUGUAUAAAAAUGUCUGCUAAUCAACAGAAACCUGCCUUUUAAUGCGACGUGUUGAAGCUAUAACUUAAUAGUUUUAAAUCGGGGGUCUGAUACUCGGGGUGUCAGAGAUCAUGGUUUUGGUCAGAGCGGGUCCAUGCGGUUCCGACUGACCCGACUGUGGGACUGAGAGGAAAGGAAAUGAAGCAGAGGAGGGAGGAAAGGAUAAACACAAGGUGGGAAGGCAAAGAAGUGGAGUUGUUAGUUGCUGUUAUGUCUUGGUGUUGUUUUAAUACUGUGAUCUUUGUUUAAACUGGCCGUUUGUGCAUGUGUGUGUGUGUGGAGCCAUAUCUUCUGUAAAUAUUGAUGAUCUAUCUAUUCUAUGUGCCUUAUUCUAAAGUGUUCUGAUGUGCCUCAAGAGUUGCUUUUGUUCACGCCUUCAAGGGGUCCUGGAGGGGUCACUUGGACUGUACAUACAAACCCAACAUACUGAGCUAGCCGUGCUGUGUAGGCGCACAGUCUGCUGUCCUUUUCACCCCGGAGAGACACGACACAAUGGAGGAGAGGGCGGCAGGAUGAAAGAGCUAGAAAUUGUUUUCAUGCAAAUGUCUCGACUUUGAAAUGUCUUCACAAAUGUUCUGGAUCCACUCGAGCUGUUCAAUCAGAGAGCAGAGCAGCUUGUCUUGUCAGGUGUUGUGACACGUGUCCGGUGUGAGUCCAGCUGCCUGUCUGAACGAGCUCACAGGCGUUGCUCCACUAAUAAUAAAGUUGACUGUUUUCUCCUUCAGAAUA